AUGUCCAACAAGGCGCUCAUCUUCAAGGAGAUCCCUCAGGGAUACCCCGUCCCCGGCAAGGACUUGACUAUCGAGGCCGCCGCCUAUGACGCCAACGUUGCCGCUCCCGCCGACGGUGUCGUUCUCCAGUCCCUCUACACAAGCUUCGACCCCUACAUGCGCGGCCGCAUGCGCCCCGCGGAGGUCAAGUCCUACUCCCCUGCUUUCGACUUGAACAAGCCCAUUGAGAGCGCCAGCAUUGCCAAGGUCCUCCGCUCCAACACCGAUUCCUACAAGGAGGGCGACCUCAUCAUUGGCCAUGUCCCCGUCCAGGAGUAUAUCUCCCUUGAUGCCCAGAACCUUGCGCGCAUUCGCAAGCUGGAGAACCCUCUCGGAAUUGAGGAUAUCCGUGUCUUCCUGGGUGCUCUCGGCAUGCCUGGUCUGACCGCUUACUCCUCCCUGUACGCGAUCGGUAAGCCCAAGAAGGGUGAGACCAUCUUCGUCUCCGCUGCCAGCGGUGCCGUCGGCCAGAUUGUCGGCCAGCUCGCCAAGCACGAGGGUCUGCGCGUUAUCGGCUCCGUCGGCUCUGACGAGAAGCUCGACUUCAUCAUCAACGAGCUCGGCUUCGACGGUGGCUUCAACUAUAAGAACGAGAAGCCCGCCGAUGCGCUGGCCCGUCUUGCCCCCGAGGGUAUUGAUAUCUACUACGAAAACGUCGGUGGUGAGCACCUCGAGGCUGCUCUGAACGCGAUGAAGAACUUCGGUCGUGUCGUCGUCUGCGGCCUGAUCUCGCAGUACAACUCUGCUCCCUACCCCAUCACCAACAUCCACAACGUUCUCGUCAAGCGUAUCACGAUGCGCGGCUUCAUCGUCGGUGACGCCGACAUGGGUCCCAUCUACACCAAGGAGCACCAGGAGCGUGUGCAGAAGUGGAUCAAGGAGGGCUCGUUCAAGGUGCUCAUCCACGAGACUGAGGGCAUUGACAACGCUGCCGAAGGUCUGAUCGGUAUCUUCUACGGCAAGAACAAGGGCAAGGCCGUUCUGAAGUUCUAA